CCUAGGUGGUGCUCCACGGAGGGGUACGGAAGACACACCUAAUAUCCUUCCUCCGAGGGUGUUGCCCGCACCACCUGCGCCACUGUCUUCGCUCGAGGCCACGGUCAUGCCCUAGAUGCCCCUGCGGUUGCGUUGGCACAUGCCCCGGUGCCCACCAUUAUGACCCCGGACGAGGAGAGCACCCCAGGAGGAGAAGCGGACGGGGACGGAGAUGGCGGCUUCCCUCUCCUGCUGCAGCCCUCCGAGAGCGGCAGCGUGCGGAAGGGCUGCGAUCCCUUGGCACAGACGCAGCGCAGUAAGCUGCAACACCGCCGCGCACGAAUUAACCAGCAGAUCAACAAGGAGAUGAGGAUGCGAGCCGGUGCAGAAAACCUAUUCAGAGCCACCAGUAACCACAAGGUGAAGGAAACGGUUGCCUUAGAACUGAGUUAUGUGAACUCCAACCUGCAGUUACUGAAGGAGGAAUUGGAAGAGUUGAAUAGCUGCAUGGAUGUGUACCAGAAUGACAGCGACUCCAUCAGCGUCCCCAUGAUCCCGCUGGGGCUAAAGGAGACCAAGGAGCUGGACUGGGCGCCGCCGUUGAAGGAGAUGAUCUGGGACCACUACGGUGAGGAUGGUGCCUUGUUCGAGACGGAGAUCCAAAACCUGGUGGAGCUGCGGCAGGCCAUGCGGACCCCGAGUCGGAACGAAGCUGGCCUCGAACUGCUGAUGGAGUAUUACAGCCAGCUCUACUUCCUGGACAACCGUUUCUUCCCUACCAAUAAGAACCUGGGCCUCUUCUUCCACUGGUAUGACUCCCUAACAGGCGUCCCCUCUCACCAGCGGGCCUUGGCUUUCGAAAAGGGCAGCGUGCUUUUCAAUAUCGGGGCUCUGCACACCCAGAUCGGGGCUCGUCAGGACCGUACCACCUUACAAGGUGUGGACUGUGCCAUCGAAGCUUUCCAGAGGGCAUCCGGAGCCUUUAACUACUUGAAGGAGAACUUCUCCAACGCCCCCAGCCUGGACAUGAGCACCGCCUCCUUGAACAUGCUGGUGCGGCUGAUGAUUGCCCAGGUGCAGGAAUGCGUCUUCGAGAAGGUCCUCCUCCUCCGAGCCCAGAGUGACUUCCUCACCUGUCUGCAGCUCGCUCAGGAAGCAGCCAGGGUGGAAGAGGUCUACUCUUUGGUGUAUCAGACCAUGACCCAACCCCAUGUGAAGGACUACGUCCCUUUCUCGUGGACCACCAUGGUGCACGUCAAAUCCGAGCACUUCAAGGCCCUCUCGCACUACUACGCCGCCAGUGCUCUUUGUGACUGCCCAGCUGCCUCUGAUGCAGACCUUGCCGAGCACGAGAAGGCUGUCCUCCAGUUCCACACCGUCACACCGGAGGGGCCGGCCCUUCGGCUGCUCUUGCAGGACCAGGAAGAGCGGAGGCGACUGGGAAAGGCUCACCUGAAAAAGGCCAUCAUGAGGCACGAGGAGGCCAUGAGGAUCCAUAGCCUGUGCAAGAUCUUGAGAAAGAUGGACAUUCUCCAGGAGGUCCUCUGCUUCGCCCACAAGCGUUCGCUCAGCAAGUACUCGGAGAUCGACCACGAAGAAGACUUCUUUGAGACGGCAGACGCCCCUGACAUCCACCCGAAAACACAUCAGAGACCAGAAAUCAAAUCUCCCAAUUUCUCCAAGGUGAAGGUCACGGACAUCUUCCACAGGCUGGGCCCACUGUCGGUUUUCUCUGCCAAGAACAAGUGGCACCCCCCGCGGACGGUCCGCCUGGUCCGAGGAGAGAACGGCUUUGGCUUCACCCUCCGAGGGGAUUCCCCGGUCCUCAUCGCCGGAGUCAUUGCCGGAGGUUGCGCGGCGGCAGCUGGACUGAAAGAAGGUGACUAUAUUGUCUCCGUCGACGGCCAGGAUUGCAAGUGGUCCAAGCAUGCUGAGGUGGUGCAGUUGCUGAAGGUUUCCGGGGACGAGGGCGCGGAGGUCGGCGUGAUCACCCUGCACUACUCCGAAGGGCAAAGCACGGGGGACAAGAAGCCCUCGGCCAUGUCUCCGGGCACCGGCGGCCUGCAGAAGAGCAACAAGGAGAACAGCCGGAAGACGCUGAUGCAGAGCAAAGGGGCGGCCACGCUCCUGGCCUGGGGCAAGAGGAGCAAACGCAGCAAGAGCGGCAGCACCUACAGCCUGCCCUUCUCCGCCGUGGGGGACAAUGAGUUGGCCUGCUGAGGGGCUCCGGCCGUCCCGCCCCUGGACCGGAGAAGGAAGCGACGGGUGUCACGGGGAGGUUGCCCCCGAGCCGGCCACGCUUGGCGUUGAGCGCGGGAGGUGGCAGCGGGGUCUAGGGUUGUGUCCACCGAGGCCGGCUUCUGGAAGACGACCCAGUGAGGGGGAGGUUACAAACACCUGGUAGCUAAAGCGAGCCUCUGUGGUCAGGGGCUGUCUACCUCUCCAUGGCAGGUGCUGGGGGCGGGCAAGUGGAGAGGGCAGCAGCGGGUGGUUGUGGCUUUCCUGGAGGCA